ACGCGUAACCCGACCCCUGUGGGUAAAAACUGAGCAGCCUUGAGAGUUACUUCUUUCACGCCACUUAGCGGGGCCACAGACGUGUGCUGCCAGCUCCCAUCUCUCGCGCACUUCCAUCAGCCAUUACUAUUCUCAUGUGAAUGUAUGUGUCAAUCUUCUGGUAAAAUGAACAUCCAAAGGACUUAAUUUGUAGAAUUGGUGCUGACGGGUGGUGCAGUUAUUGGUGCAGAUACGCCAGCGAUUUGGUUGAACCACCAGCUGGAGUGAAUUGUAACGUCUGAUCAUCCACCGGCGCAGGAACUGUGACACGCGAUGUCAUUCCACAAGCCAUCCUGGACAAUGGCAUCGUCCAUACAUGUACUCUUCAUAGUGUCAUUGCUGGUCAUCAUAUCACAUGCACAACGAUCAAGGCCGAAUGAUCGCCAGUCCCAAUACACUCGGCAAUAUGCAGUGCAAUCACGGGGCUCUCAGCCGCACGCCUGCGAAGAGUCCAGCUGUUACCCAGCGACCGGAAACCUGCUCAUCGGUCGGGAGGACAAGUUGUCGGCAACGUCGACGUGCGGUCUGCGCGGUGUCGAGACUUACUGCAUCGUGAGCCACCUUAAAGAGAAGACCAAAUGCUUCCGGUGCGACUCAACCCAGAGGGGCAGAGAUUACCACGGCAUAGACAACAUCGUGUCGAGGAUCGGCAAAAAGAGCAAGGGAUCGUGGUGGCAGUCCGAGAAUGGCGUGCAGUCGGUGUCGAUUCGGCUGGACCUAGAAGCAGAGUUCCACUUCACACAUCUGAUCAUCACAUUCAAGACAUUUAGGCCAGCUGCUAUGCUCAUCGAACGUUCACAUGACAAUGGACACACGUGGAAGGUGUACCAGUACUUUGCGUACGACUGCCAAGAAUCAUUCCCCACUGUGCGGUACGGUCCGCGGCGCAACAUCACUGACGUGACCUGCGAGUCGCACUACUCGGGCGUCGAACCCUCGACCAACGGAGAGGUCAUCUUCCGUGUGCUGCCGCCGCACAUCCAUAUAGACAACCCGCACAGCCCCGAUGUGCAAGACCUGCUCAAGAUGACGAACCUGCGCAUCAACUUCACCAAGCUGCACACUCUCGGUGACAACCUUUUGGACUCGCGCCGGGAGAUCAAGCAGAAGUACUAUUACGCCGUCUAUGACAUGGUUGUUCGAGGCUCGUGCUCCUGCUAUGGCCAUGCCAGUCGCUGCAUACCAGAGGAAGGAGAGUCCUAUGCUGCACGAGAUGACAUGGUGUUUGGCAAGUGCCAGUGCACGCACAACACGAAAGGCCUCAACUGCGAAAGCUGCGAAGAUCUGUACAACGACCAGCCCUGGAGACCAGCGAGUGAGAGGGACCCAAAUCCAUGCAAACCCUGUAACUGCAAUGGUCAUGCCAACAAGUGUCACUUCGAUGCGGCCGUGUGGGAGCGUUCGGGACGCGUGAGUGGUGGCGUUUGUGAUGACUGCCAGGACAACACCAUGGGUCUCAACUGUGAACAGUGCGUGCCGUUCUACUUCAAGGAUCCUCAACGUGACAUCAGCGAUCCGUAUGCCUGCCAACCUUGCGAUUGCGACCCUCGUGGCUCCUUGGAUGAAGGCGUCUGUGACCCACAGGAUGACCCAACCUCGGGGCUUGUCGCUGGCCGUUGUCACUGCAAAAAGAAUGUCGAGUCUCGUCGAUGCGACCGCUGCAAGAAGGGCUUCUUCAACUUCCAAGCGGCUAACCCCGACGGCUGCGAGCCAUGCAGUUGCCACGAGCUUGGAACGGCGGGUGAUGGCUGCAACGUCUAUACCGGUGAAUGCACCUGCAAACGUAACGUCAUCGGUCGUGACUGCAACCAGUGCCUGCCAGAAUACUACGGGCUUAGCCAUGACGAUGAUGGUUGCAAGCCUUGUGACUGCGACCCCGGCGGCGCGUACGAGAACAGCUGUGAUGUCAUCAGCGGCCAGUGUCGCUGCCGGCCCAGCGUCCAGGGGCGCCGCUGUGACCAGCCAGACACGGGCUUUUUUGUUGGAAACCUUGAUUUCAUGGUCCACGAAGCUGAACUGGCCAAGGGCAGUCCUGACUGCCAAGUGCUCAUACGAGAGCCGUAUGCCGACCGGGAUGCAUCGUGGACCGGUCUGGGCUUUAUGCAAGUCCACCAGGACUCUUACCUCGAGUUUGACGUUCCCGACAUACCCACAUCCAUGGACUACAACAUUGUGUUCCGUUACGAGCCCAAGCUUGCUCAAGGCUGGGAAGAGGCUAUUGUGACCGUGGACAGACCGGGACCGGUUGACCCGAAUGGGCCCUGUGCCAAUGCCAUUCCUCAGGAUGACCGUCAAGUGAUCAGGUUUUCGCCAGGUGACCGGUACGUUGUCGUUGCCCCACCUGUCUGCCUGGAGAAGGGUAGACACUACAAAGUGCGAGUCACAUUCAAGCAAUACGACCGCGAGGUGGACACACCUUCGGCAUCGAUCUUAAUCGAUUCGAUGGUGCUCAUGCCCGACAUAAACGCCAUCCCAUUCUUCCACGGAACGCCGGCAAACGAGUACAGGAGGGAGGAAUUCGAACGUUUCCGGUGCGGGCAGGCGUUCUAUGCCGUUCGAAGAGGGGGCACCCUCCCAGAAAUCUGCAAGAAGUACCUCUACAGCAUCGGCUUCUACGUUUUCCAAGGAGCUCAAGAUUGCAGGUGUGACCCACAGGGUUCUCACAGCAGCGUGUGCAACACGCUGGGCGGUCAGUGCCAGUGCAAGGCCAAUGUGGUGGGCCGCAGCUGCGACCGCUGUGCACCAGGAACCUACGGUUUCGGACCUGGAGGCUGCAGGCCGUGUGACUGCAAUGGAAUCGGUUCCCUGGACAACUUUUGCGAUGCCCAGACCGGCCAGUGCAAAUGCCGGCCCAACACGUACGGCCGACAGUGCGACGAGUGCCAGCCAGGCUACUGGAACUACCCCAACUGCCAGCGCUGUGACUGCAACGGUCACGCGGACACGUGUGACUCGAGGACCGGUCACUGCAUCCAAUGUCGAGACUUCACGUCAGGACCCCACUGCGACAGGUGCGAAGUUGGCUUCUAUGGAGACCCUCGCUACGGAGUAGACAUCCCUUGCCGCCCAUGUCCAUGCCCGGGCACUGCGGACAGUGGUAUCAACCAUGCUACCAGCUGCGACCUAGACCAGCGCACUGGCAACGUUAUCUGUCACUGCGCUCAAGGAUAUGUAGGCGAGAGGUGCGACCGGUGUGCGAACAACUAUUACGGCGAACCCAACGUUCCUGGAGGCUCGUGUCGCCGAUGCGAGUGCAGCGGCAACGUCGAUGAGACCCAGCCGGGCAACUGUGACUCGCGCACGGGCGUCUGUCUGCGGUGUCUGUACAACACGGAGGGACCCCACUGCGAACGCUGCAAGCCAGGUCACUUUGGAAAUGCCUCGCUCCAGCAGUGUUAUGAAUGUGUGUGCAACCUUCUUGGCCUGGACCCCAACCAAGGAUACUGUGACCCUGUGACUGGCCAGUGCCCAUGCCUGCCCAAUGUGGAGGGCAUCGCCUGCGAUCGCUGCGCUCCAAACUACUGGAAGAUUGCCAGCGGAGAAGGUUGCGAGGCUUGCGGCUGUGACCCGCUCGGUUCUUACGACCUGAAGUGCAACGAGUUUGACGGCCAGUGUCCGUGCAAGCCGGGUCAUGGUGGACGGCAGUGCAAUCAGUGCCAGGACAAUCACUGGGGCGACCCGCGUGUACGCUGCUAUCAAUGCGAGUGCAACGUUCCUGGGGCAGCCACGAGCCAGUGCCACCGCAACAACGGCAGCUGUGUCUGCAUUCCUGGCGUGGCUGGGGAGCGCUGCGAGCAGUGUGCCCGUGGCUUCACGGGACGGGCACCAUACUGCGACUCCUGCGGGGAGUGCUUCGACAACUGGGACCGCAUCAUUCAGGAGCUCCGAGAGGAGACCCAUAACAUGAUCAACUCGGCCCGGCAAAUCAAGCAGCAGGGUACCACCGGUGUUUACACACGCGAGUUCCAAGAGAUGGAGGAGAAGCUGCACGAAGUGGAGGAAAUCCUGAACGGGGCCAACAUCACCGGUCUCGACCUUCUAGACCGUCAGUCUCUCAUCGAAGAGAUUCGGCGCAACUUGACUGAAAGCCAAAUGCAGCUUGAGGAAAUCGGAGACCGCUCGGGCAACGUGACGCAGCGCUCCUUCGCCACCAACCUGAUGCUUGCAAGUCUUCACGAGCAGGCUCAGGAACUUGGAAGAAAGGCUAAGGAAUUGCGCGAGAACACCACAGCUUUGCAGGAGGCCAACGUGGAAGGUGCAUUAAACAUCACGAGGGAAGCCCAGAAAAGGUCCCAAAUGGCUGAAGGUCGAGUCCGAGGAGCACAAGACGACAUCGGGAAGUCACAGGCUGCACGUCGUUACCUUGAGCGAAAACUGCAGGACACCGCCAGUCAAUACAAUCGCACUUACCAGGAGAAUGAGAAUGCCCUACGCAAGCUGCAACAAGAGGUAGCCGACUUGGAAGACCAAAUAUCGGAUGUCAACGAGCUCGUGUGCUACCGACGAGGAACCGUCGAUCGUUGUGACGCACUCUGCGGAGGUGCAGGCUGUAACCACUGCGGUGGACUGGGUUGCGAGGAAGGCGCCCUCACCCGCGCCAACAACACACUCGCGAUGGCUGUCGAUGCCAAUCAGAUUCUCGGAAAGAAAGAGGCGGAAGCUCGGGAUCUCUUCAAUUCGGUUGGUUCAGCUGAAAAGGAAUCACAGCGGGCCCUCGAAGAAGCAAAGAAGGCUUUCCAACGCUCCCAGCUGGCAAAGAACCAGUCGGAAGAAGUCGGCAAUGACCUGCAGGACUUGCUUGACCGCAUCGACAAGUUCCUGGGCGAGGUCGGAGCAAGGCCGGCUGAAAUCCGAGUCCUUGCUGAAGAGUGUAUCGGUCUGUCCAUCUCGCUGAAGCCUGAACAAAUUCGAGAGCUGGCGAAGGAAAUUAAUGACACAAUAGCCAGCCUGACUGACAUCGAUGCCAUCUUGAGAGAAACUGGGGACGAUCUCAGGCUUGCAAAAGACCUCAAGGCACAAGCAGAUCGUGCUAGGACAAUGGCAAACAAGAUCUUGGACACUGCCAAGGAGGUCUUGCAGAAUCUGGAUGAUGCCGCGGAAGCCCAAGGCAGGGCCAAGGAGGCUAUCGACCAGGCACGACAGCACAUCAACACGGCCGAGGAAGAUCCUUGCUCAGGUAAUAUUGAAGAUGCUGCCUACAAAGCACAGGGUGUAGCCAACCGGUCGCUGGAUCAGGUGGGAGGACUGCAAGACCGACUGGCCGAGCUCAAGAAGCAGUACACCCAGAACAACCUGGAUGCUCGCAAGGCGGACAACGAAGCAAAGGGGGCCGAGCGUAUGGCAGGACAAGCACACGCUGAAGCUGAAGAUUUGGAAGCCGAGUACAACAGGGCUGUUUUAGACCUGGGCAACAAGUCUUCAGCCAGCGGAGACAUGAAAGACAGGGCUGAGAAGCUACGGGAACGAGCCCGGAAGCUUGCGGAAGGUGUCAACACCAAGGCCCAGCAACUGCAAGGCAUGGAGGAUGAAUUUGACGAGAACGAGCAGAGACUCAAGGACUACUCCGGCAUCCUGGAGCAGCUCAACCAAGAGAUGAUGGAUCAUCUGCAGCGGAUCGAUCAGCGGUCCACUUAUUAUCGCGACUGCCAGAACUAAUACUCCUGUGUAGCCGAGCCUCCCUGGGGGCGCCAAGUGCAAGGUCACGCGUUGUUCUCUGGUUGGCUCUGUUGAAGCUCAGCACAAGGCAGCAUAGUACUUGAUUUCCAAAGAAAAAUGCAGACGGAAAGUGAGCAUUUUUUUUUGCCCCCAUUAACAGUAGUGACGGAAAAUCGGCGGUUUGCAAAGUCGCGUAAUGUAGCUUUAAGAGUAGUGUGUGUUUCAUGCAGUACAUCUGAAAUAAAUUAUUGCCACGUUAACUUAGCAGCAACCGUUAACUUGGUAGUAACCGUUCAAACAAGCAAGUGCGAUAAAUUAUAGAGGCAUUACAUCAUACCUCUUUACUGAUUCAAGCGUGCAGAUCCACACUGUAGUUGUGUAUUUGUAUCACAUUCUGUAAGGAAUAUGUGCUACCUCUCAGGUGCAGAAGGUGUGGCCCACCCUUUAAAAAAAUGCUCAUUUUCUGUUACCAAUAGUAGUUAUUCAAGCAAACAGUACUUGUUUGCUUUUACCAUGAGUACCGACUGCUUGGAUCACUGUAACAGUUGCGUCAACUCAUCUAGUAGACCAGUUAAGAACUGAUUAUGUCUUGAGCGCUAGACACUGGUGCUUGCUGUGAGCUCAGACUUUUUUUUGGAGUGCAGUGCGAAGGACAAAAAGAAAUUUGAUCUGUCUCAAAGCUCUGCUGCCCAUUGUCAAAAGAAAUCGUGCAGAACCAAGGAAAUGCUGGAAACGUGGAAGGGCUGACCAAAUGAACGACAGCAUAUUUUUUUCUUUCCUCAGCUUGCUUUAUUCAUAGAAAAUAGCAGCAAAACUUGUGCUCCUUUGACCACUUGAUUAUUCGGUGGGCUGCAUAAUCAGUGUGAGCACCUGUUUGUCAUGCUUUAUAUUCACUUGAAAUGUGGGAAAGUUUCUUGUGAUGCCCAGACAGUUGAUCAUGGUAGUCAUCAAGUGGCUCUAGCACAAAAUAUAUUUGUGGUAAAUUAGCAAUGUGAUGAAGUAUCUCUCUUGCCUUUUUCUUGUGCUCAAGAAUUUUGUACUCAUUGCUAAGCCAAUCACAAGUCGAACUAGUGCACAUUGCUCGUUUAAAUGUACUUAUUUUCUUCAACUUUUAUAUUGAUACAGCCCAGCUGUUCUUUAAACUCACUGCCAGUUAACUCAGUAAAUCGGCUGUCACAAGUAAAAAUAUUUUUCAAGUGAGCACCCAUUCUUGCCUUCCUUCAAGUGCACCAAUUAUUACUUUGAAGUGUUGACUCUGCUGUUUGCUAAGCACAAAGCAAACUCUUGCUGUCCAUCUCACUCGUCAUAUAUCUGUAUUUAAUGAAACAAACCAACCCACAUAAUCAAAAUGUGUACUCAUAACAGUGGAAUGGAAUCGAUGGAGAAAAAAAAAUAAAAGAAAAAAUAUUCCAGCAUAAGGGCCUUGUGUGUUGUACGCAGUUGUACGUGUUGCGAUGUGCAGAGUGUGCUGCCGUGAGAACCCGCGCACAUUUGCCGGAACUCUUCGUUUUCUAAGCCAGUGAUCUUCGAUGCAGAACCGGAGCAGUGCAAUCUUCGUGUUUUCUAUGCUGUGCAACUAUUUUUUUGUUGUUGUUACAAGCUUAUUGUCAACCUUGUGGCAAGCCUGACCAGGUACACUUGAGCAAUAUGCUUUACCCUGGAGUAACAGCGUUCGGAAGCUCUCCCCCCUUGGUAGCUACAAGCGUAAACUGAGUAUUCCCAAAGGCGAUGCCGAAGGUGCCGGUAACUUCCAAAAGUGGUCGGUUGAGAAUGCAUCCCUAGUAGUGGCCAGUUUGGUUCAUCUCAUGGGCUGGACUGGUACACUCGCUUAGACGAUCAGCAUCAUCAUAAAAGGAAAAAAAAAUUAUCUAUAUCUACUGCCUAUCAGUGGCCUGCUCAGUUCAAUAGUUGCUCGUGUCCUGUAUCUUGUGUUUUCUUUUGUCAUGUGUAUAACAAAGUGCAUUUAUUUUCCACGGCGUGCCUGGUAAUUUCAUUUAUAAAUUGCCGUUCUUCCUACAUACAAGCUACAGUUAGAUGUUAAAUAUGAGAUCUGCUAACUGUCGGCUAUCUUCAUGGAAGCUAUUUGACUUGCUUCUACCAAAUGUACCCAGUUUGGCCUAGUCGCAUCUGGCCUACCUCGAAUGACAUUCAGUGAAUUGAACAGAGCUGGUCAACGAGGGUGCUACGCGAAGAAUUACUACUGCUUUAAGUUUCGGAAAAAACUAUUGGAAGUGAGCAAUAUUUCUUGCCCCAUCCGGGUGGAGGAAUGCAACGCUACAGUCAGCUGAAGCACGAGAACACAUUCUAAGUAACCACGCCGACACUUUUUCUCUAUUCUUCUUUAGCUCUGUAUUCUUCUUUAGUGUAUCUAUUGUUGUGCCGUAUAGCCAAGUGUUUCUUCUUUUUUCCUUUUUCACAAAGGAUAGACCUCGCAGUUGCCAGUACCACUGCCACUCACUUGCACAUUGCUCAUAUGUUUUUUGACCAUGCUGCACAUAUGCAUGCUUGCAAGUGUUGGGAAAACCUUUAUCAUGUAUAUUUAAUGCCUUAGUAUGCUUGUAUGUUCCGUCCCCAUCUUUUUAUCUCCCGCUUUACGAUUCUAUCUUGUCUGUGAGCCAUACAUAUAUAUUUUUUAAAAAUCGUAUGCACAACUGUGCAAAUCACUGCUAUGUGCCACGAUGUAGUGACUUGUCUCCUUCAUCUUACACUGGUUAAAAAAAAAAAAGUGCCUUUUGUUUGUUGACAACCGAUAUUUGUUGGAAUAAAAGAAUGUGUGCCAAAA